AUGCAGGUGAACUCUAUCCAGGAUACCAAUGGUGACGUUGAAAGCAUACUGUUGCAAAGCGACGCGCCCUCGUGCUUCUCGAUCGGCUCUCUCGGGUGUUUACAGAGGAGUUCUUCCCUGAACGAUUCCGACAUUCCCUCUGGCUCGAUCGAGGCUCCUACUCUCUGGGUUGGUCCGACUAUUCGGCCGGAUGCGAGCAGUCAAUUCCUGAUUCCGGUCUUCACUAUAAUAUGGAAAAGCAUUUUCCCCAGCAUUGUGGAUGAGCCGUUCUUGGUCGGUCGUGCUAUAAUAGACAUUCGAGCGUUAUCGAGCUUUGUGGGUGACGCUGCUCUUAUCGAGGAAGGAAACAACCGUAUGUAUCUCACCACAAGGCAAGGUACAGUGAUCUCGGCCAGACAGCCUUUGGCCUCCUAUGUUGAAAUCAUCGGUUCUGACAGCACUGCGAGGUUCAAGUCCGUAUGGGAGUCCUCCGACAGAGAGCAAUCGACCGACGAUCAGAACAGAGGUGGCCCUGACCUCUAG